AUGAUAUUACUCUUAAGUCAAUCAUGUCAUUGUGGAUCAUCUGGGAGUACCGAAGCAGGAUCAAACGGUACCAAUAGCAAAGGUUGGUGGCCAAAAUUAUUAGGUUGGGCCAACACAUUCUGCACAUUCAUUACAUUUUCGAACACAAUUCAAAACUUUAUCUAUGGAUAA